GUUGACAAUAGAAGGGGCUGGGAGCUAUCAAUAAAAGCACUCCACACUUGGAAUAAUUUAACAUUUAAACCUUAGGGAUACUGACAGCCCCUUUCCUAACACAUUGAGAACGAGACGACACAAACAACAGAUGCCUGUGGUCGGAGCUAUGUCCCACAUUAUACCCAAUCACAUUCUGAGGGUGGGCCAGAACACCUGCAAGGACCAUGCUCAGAUGAAGACUCGGGGGUGCGGUCCCAGCCUCGCAAUGGAGACCAGCAGUGACCUUGACGAGCUGGACAUCUCCAUGGACAACCUGAACCAGCUCAUUCUGGAGCUGGACCCCACGUUCGAGCCCGGCGGCGGCGACAAGAGGAGCCCGUCCCGCGUCCACUGCACAGAUGACUCCUCUCCAGAAGAAGACGUGCCCAGAUGUGUGCUGAUCCCCAGAGGUGUUUCCACGGGAACCCUCGGCCGGCCCGUCUCUCCGUCCUGCAGCGUUCCCAUCCCCCGCACCUCUGGCUCCAGCUGCAGCCCCAACGGCUCCCUGGUGUUCUCCGAAGCCUCCUGUCGGCCCCCGCUGCCGUGCGGCAGUGCCCCCCGCCGGCGGUCGCCCUCCGUGCAGGCCGGCGAGACGGGCCCGUUCUGCUCCGCGGGGAUGCCACGCAUGUCGUACUCUCACAGGAACAGCGCUGCCUCACAGCUCUCUACAUCCCCCGGCUCUGACACCAGCUACAUGAGGGGCAGUUACCAGUCGUUGGUAAGUGACAGUGAGGGAGACAGCCCCGAGUCUGUCCUCUGCCAGACCUCCAGCUCCUUCAGUGACACGCCCAGGUAUUUGACCAGACUCUUUGGCAGCAAGCACAGCCCGGAAAAACCCUCGCCGACUGGCCCCUCGCCGCUUGACCACUUCCAGGGAAUUCACGGCAGCUCUCACAGCAGCCCCGCCUCUCUGGCGGGCUCCCUGACCGACAUCCCCGUGGUGUUGAUCAAUGGAGCUCCGGAGCUGAAGUUCAGCUCCCAGACCCCACCAGAGGCAACCGUCUCAGACAUUAUGCAGGUUGUGCAGACCCCCGGCUCCAGGCCAUUGUCGCCGUCUCCCUCUUUCCAAAGCCCAUUCCAAGGCAGCCAGUCCUCCAUGAAGUUCGUCAUGGAUACAUCCAAGUUCUGGUUCCGCCCGCACAUCAACAGAGUUCAGGCGGAGGCCAUAGUGAUGAACCAGGAGGCGGGGACCUUUGUGGUGAGAGACAGCACGUCCUACAAGGGCUCCUUUGGCCUGGCCAUGAAGGUGGAACAGGUGCCCGCCAAUAUGUCCUCGAAUGGCCAACCAGCGGAGGGCGGCUCGGAGCUCGUGAGACAUUUCCUUAUUGAAUCGUCGGCCAAGGGUGUUCGUAUCAAAGGCUCCUCUCAGGAACCAUACUUUGGUAGUCUUUCUGCCCUUGUCUACCAACACACCAUCACUCCAUAUGCCCUACCCUACAAACUUCGGCUCCAGCCUUAUGACUCGAACAAAGAAGAGACCAAUGACAGGUCUGCAACAGAACAGAAGACCGCUUGCAACUUCCUUUACCUCAAUGCCAUCCCAACUGAGAUGCUGACGGGACCAUGCGCGGUGCAGAAGGCAGUGUCAACCAUCUUCCAGGACACAAGCACCAUCAAACCCACCAUAGUCAACCUGAAGGUGUCCCCAAAAGGCGUCACUGUGACAGACAUCCAGAGAAAGCUCUUCUUCAGACGUCACUACCCUGUACAUAUGCUCAGCUACAGCGGCGAAGAUCCAGACAAAAGAUUUUGGCACAAAAGCUCAAAGCCAGCAAGGAUAUUUGGAAUAGUGGCAAAGGGCACUGAGGCUGGUACGGAGAAUGUGUGCCAUGUCUUCGCGGAGUACGACCCCCUUCAGCCCUGCAACCCCACCAUUGAGUUGACACAGGGCAUCUUAACCAAAACGUAGCAAAACUCCGCUCUUCGUGGGACAGUAUUUAAGACGACAUCCCCGGAAUUACAGUCAGAGGCCCCCUGGGUCCGAGUGAUAAGGCCCAGGCUCAUAAUAUACCCUCAUGUAACUAGAAGUAUAAGUCAUCUUGCUAGUCUUUAAAAUGUAGGUAUUCCUUUGGCAGGUGCAGUGCUGGCAGAGUCUGUGGCGUCUGUUCAUAAAAAUGUGGUGUGCUUCAAUUAUUCAACAUUACAUACCCAUUGAUUUAUUGCUGUUACAAGGCCUGAGAUAGUAUCAUUUGUACAGAAAGGGUUGCCCAAAGUUUACUACUGAUCUAGAUCUCUGUCUUGUUCACUGAUUGUCUUCUGCUUAGUCAAAACAUACAGAAUCAGGAGUUCAUUCUAAAGGGAACUUUGAUUAAAAACAUGGUAGUUAUAUUAACUAAGUUGAAAAGCACUGGAAGUUCAUAGUAACACUGUAGAUUCACUUGGAGACCAAUUGGAACUUGGAGAUCAAAUCCCCACUGUUCUAUUGACACUGAUACAUGGUUUUAUGUAAUAUAUGAUUUAUAUGCAUGCGAUUUUGAAUUUGGAUCCAGCAUGGGUCAAAUGAUUAUUUAUUUGUUAUACUUUAAGCCAAUAAUAUUUUCAUGCCUGCACUCAAUCAUAUAUGCCUAUUUAGUGUAGUGUCUGAGGGGUGACUAGGCUCAUUCAAGGUGAAGACUUUGGAGGCCAAGAGCGUCGGUUCCACAUGGCACUGGCCAGGGUGUUCAUUCAAGGUUACAAAAAAAGGUUGUCAAACCUAAAUGAACAAACGUGAAACAGAAGCUCUACUCCUGCUUGUCUAAACCUAGGUUUAACUUGUGCAUACAUCAAAUAAAGUAACAACUACAGAAGAAUCAGGCCAUAGGUUGGGGGCUCUCCUCAACUUCCCUGGACUGCUUCCUAUUUUAUUAGCAGGUGUGUUGAGCUCCACCACCAAGCCCCUUUGCCACUACAAUUAAUAUAUUUGUUGUUGUAUAUUAUUGUACAUUGAAUGAAAACAUAUAUUUCAUAUUUUGACUUGUC